GAAUCCAAAUCCAAAUCCAGUUGUUUCGUGCGCUUUGUUGCCUCGGCAGCCUCACCCUUCCUCGUGGAGUGUUUUCGAGGUUUUAGAUAUUUCGGUAGGUUUCACUCGAUUUGGCGAGAACGGAGAAAUAAGCGACGUCCACAGGGCUUUAUUUAAAAACUGCAAUCCUUCGAAUGUGGUCGACUUCGAGCGUAGGACGGCGUACAAGGUGUCUUGGGACGGCGACGCGAACGCUCGAGGAGGCUAUUACGACGCCGAGAUCCUCGAACUGACGGGGCUGUGCAUUCUACAAAGGGCAGCGAUCGGACUGUCCUCUCAUCUCGACAACUUUUCUGUCGCUGUACCAUCAUAACGCUAUUGUUCGAUGGGUAAUUGGUUUUCAGAUGCGGUUUAUGUCAGGACAAAAGCUGAAAGUGACGAUGUUGCAAGGCUCUCAAAAGCAGCGCCAGCCACAUAUGGCUAGCAGCGACCGAAACGGGCACACAACUGGCCAAUCCAAUUGAUGCAGAAAGAGAGCUGGUCGUGCACAAAAUGCCAGUAAAGCAGUCGGGAGUGACAAGGAAGACAAAGAAUCAACUAAAUCACAAAAAAAAAAAAAGAAAAAUAGCACAGGGAUCCAGUUUGGUGCCGGCAACAAUGUGUUGUCAUGAUUUGUUGAUGAGGAAUGCCAUGCUUUCUGCCUACACCCCAAUGUGCGACUACCUGCGGCUCGGCUGUUGAUGCGGGAGGUGCUGUAGGGCCCUACUGCCUAACACUUGCUGACGAGGACAUCCUUGCAAAGAAUGAGAUCGUGGAUCCUAGCAUCGGCCUCCAGAAAAGGAAGGAAUGGCUGCUUUUGACUACACCUGAGGGAGAAAGGUACCACCAGGCUGAAAGGGCAGCCCGGCACCAGAAGAUACGGCGGUACCUGUCAGAAAAGUUGCCCAAUCUCAAAAGAAAUCACUACAAAGGCUCAUCCCUUUGCUGCCUGUCCUCCCCCGAUGCGUGGUCCCACCACGGACUGCCCAUGCUGUUGCAGGUCUGCCAUCGCUUGCACCCCAUGUUGUAGCCUUUUUACCCUUUUCUUCAUAUUAAUUUAGCUUAAUUUAUAUAUUGCCAAUACUAUUGAAAUGGAACAAAUGUACUAUCGCAGCCAAUAUGAGCUGAAACGCCACUGCACGUGGCACGCGAUGAGAGUUGUCUCUCAGAUUGUUCAGCAAACCUUGGUAUGCGUUGAGGUAGAAACAAAUCACUUCUUGUGCUCGUUGCACCACUAUGCCGUUCCGUGUCAAUUUUCAGCUCAUGGUGGCACAAUGAGUGCAAGAAGCAACCUGCCUAAACCUCAGCAAACACAGAGGUUCACUGAUAAUCCGACAGGUGGCUCUGAUAGUACCGCACGCCAAGCGUCAUGGCGCUUCAACUAAUAUUGGUCACAAUAGUACUUCCUCGAAUGUUUCUGGUUUUUCUGUACUACCUAGCCAUUCCGCCCAGCGAAACAAUGUAUGAUUUCAUAACUUCAUAAUAAAAAUAUCAAA